AUGUCGACCGAAACAUUUCUUGGUGCUUGUGCCCGUUUUUUCUCCCGUCGAGGUUGUCCUGCCCACAUAUACUCAGACAACGGAACUGCAUUUGUCGGUGCUGCUAAUUUACUCAAAAUAAACCGAAAGCAGUUUUUACCCCAAUUAAGAGAAAAAUUACUUGUACGAAAUAGUUUUCAGCCAGUUGAAUGGCAUUUUAUACCCCCUGGUGCUCCUCAUAUGAGCGGCUUAUGGGAAGCCGGCAUAAAGAGUGUAAAAACUCAUUUUCGCAAAAUUGUUGGAAUGCAGAAAUUUACCUUUGAGGAGUUUUCGACAAUGUUAACCCGAAUAGAAGCUUGCCUAAACUCAAGACCCUUAACUGCAAUGAGCAAUGAUCCCUACGAUUUAGUUCCUUUAACCCCAGGUCAUUUUCUGAUAGGAGCACCUCUUUUGGCACCCCCUGAACCCUUUCAUUGA